AUGGACCCCAGAAGGCACAGUAUUGACGGAAGCGGGAGCUUUUGGGAUGUUGGCUUCGGUUCAACUCGGACUGUCAGUGUCGAUUUGGAUAUUGACCCUCUGCUCAGCUUCGCUCCUUGCUCGGACGACAUGGUGACUUCUCCCAUCUGGAAUCCUACUUUGGAUCAGCAAGCUGGGUUCUUCGAUGCAACGUUUGCUGGCGCUGCCGUGCAAGAUGUGUUGCCGACAGCCGUCUCGGGCAGCAGCCAUUACACGCGGUCGCAGUCGGGAACAAUCCCAAGCGAAUCGAUCAUGGGGGCAUCCCGAACCUCAAGCCAGUCUUCUACCCCAUCUUCCCAUGCCCCAUCACCAGAAAAGGGCAAAAAGACCGGUCAAGGCAAGCAGCAACGUCAGCGACAAGGAACCCAACACCAAAGCCACGCCACCGUACGACGGGUUCAAGAGCCAUCGCAGCCAUCAAAGGUCAAAAAAGAGGAGGUCGAAGACGAGUUCCAAAGCGAGGGGGAUGAGGAAACAAAACGAAACCAUUUCUUGCAGCGCAACAGACUCGCAGCGUCCAAGUGUCGACAGAAGAAAAAGGAGUGGGUGAACAAUCUGGAAGUAACCAAGACGGGAUUGGAACAACAGAACUUAACCCUGCACAUGGAGAAGAGAGAGCUUUCUAAUGAAGUCAGUCGGAUGAAGCAUCAGCUGAUGUCUCAUUCUAAUUGCAAGGACGCCAACAUCGACCUAUGGAUCGAAAACGAAGCUCGUAGGGUUGUUGAAAAUUCUGCCCAGCGACGCAGCAGCACAACAGGGCUUUGCGAUACUGGCAUUUGCAGCCAUAGCUACCAUCGCUUGAAGGAUCGAACGUCUUCUCGAUCAGACGCGACUGAAUCACCCGGCGCCGAUAUAAACUACGAUUACAUGCCCGCCGACAUGUUUCAGUCCGAAGCCUAG